AGCCAUCGCGCAAGCGCUAAGCAUGGCGCUGAGUAACAGCUGAUUGACGGUGUGUUCCUUACUGACUUGUGUUUGUUGUGAUCGAACAGGAUGAAGCUUUUAGGAUUCUUGCUGUCGGUGGGGCUCCUGGUAACCAAAGGGCUAUGUACACCAGGAAUGGUACACGUCAAAUCGGAGAAGAGCAGUGGUAGCUCCAAAGAUUACUGCAUUCUGUUUAACCCCUUGUGGGCUAGUCUACCUCAGGACCUUGCAAAAGCUGCCUUGUUGCAGCUGCAAGACCAGACUACGUCUGUACUGUGCUCUCCAUCAGAUGUCCCAGAAGGAGGUUUUAAUAACCAAAUACCCAUGGUAAUGCGGGGGAACUGUACCUUCUAUGAGAAGGUUCGCCUGGCACAGAUCAACGGAGCACGGGGGCUUCUCAUUGUCAGCCGGGAGCGGCUGGUCCCUCCAGGAGGCAAUCGAAGUCAAUAUGAAGAAAUUGAUAUUCCGGUGGCCCUCCUUAGCCACAGUGAUAUGCUUGACAUUGGAAAGACUUUUGGACGAUUUGUGAAAGUAGCAAUGUAUGCGCCAAAGGAACCUGUUGUAGACUAUAAUAUGGUCAUUAUUUUUGUGAUGGCUGUUGGGACAGUUGCCAUUGGUGGAUACUGGGCUGGAAGCCGAGAUGUUAAAAAGCGAUACAUGAAACACAAGCGGGAUGAUGGUGGAGAUAAAAAACAUGAUGACGAAACUGUGGAUGUAACUCCCAUCAUGAUUUGCGUGUUUGUAGUCAUGUGCUGUUCCAUGCUGGUUCUUCUCUACUACUUCUACGAUAAUUUAGUAUAUGUCAUCAUUGGGAUAUUCUGCUUGGCUGCAUCCAUUGGUCUGUACAGCUGUCUGGCUCCCUUUGUUCGCAGAUUUCCUUAUGGAAAAUGCAGGGUUCCAGAAAAUAACCUUCCAUAUUUUCACAAGCGACCGACCGUUUGGAAGCUACUGUUGGCAUCUUUCUGCGUUACAGUCAGUGUGAUAUGGGGUGUGUACAGGAAUGAAGACCAGUGGGCCUGGGUUCUCCAAGACAUACUCGGUAUAGCAUUCUGUCUCUACAUGUUGAAAACCAUACGCCUGCCCACGUUUAAGGGUUGCACUUUACUCUUAGUAGUUCUUUUUGUAUACGAUGUGUUCUUUGUCUUCAUCACUCCAUUCCUCACAAAGACUGGGGAAAGCAUCAUGGUUGAAGUCGCUGCUGGACCUACAGACUCUUCCACUCAGGAAAAGCUUCCAAUGGUCCUGAAAGUACCCAGAUUAAACUCUUCACCACUGGCUCUUUGUGACAGACCUUUCUCACUCUUGGGUUUUGGGGAUAUCCUGGUACCAGGUCUGCUGGUUGCUUAUUGUCAUAGAUUUGACAUUCAAAUGCAGUCAUCAAGGAUCUAUUUUGUGGCCUGCACUAUUGCUUAUGGAAUAGGUCUCCUUGUGACCUUUGUAGCACUAGCCUUGAUGCAGAAGGGCCAGCCUGCUUUACUCUACCUAGUCCCCUGCACCCUCCUCACGAGUUUGGCAGUGGCUAUCUGGCGCAAGGAACUGCCUCUGUUCUGGACAGGCAGCGGCUUUGUGCAGAAAGACCUACCUCAGCCUCCCUUGGUAUUGGCUUCUAGCGAGCCCGACUCUGGACAUGCUCAACAUACUGAGGAGUAUGAGCAGAAAACGGACACCAGCCAUCCCACCAAACCCAACCCAAACACCGACAAUACCGCAGCCGAUGCCACAGGGCAGCAACUGUACCAAGACACACAAAGGACUGUUUCAAAUGCAACUGAGCAACAAAUGCACCAAUCAGCUGGCAGCACUGCGGUAGACUCCACAGAACAGUACUCGAGCGGUGACAGACCUGCGUCAGAUCCUGCAGUGCCACAAUCCGACCCAGAUGGGGCCACUUCUGACCCACAGACCUGCCGUAGUACAGACGGGACAACCCUAGAUCCUGAUGCAAAUAAUGAACUCCUAUCUACUUCUUUGAAGAAGAAUGAACCGCAAUAAGGAGACUCUCUGCCUAAUAACAAAUGUAACUCUACCCCAAAACUUUUUGAAUUAAAAGUUUUGGGGGAAAAUGCCCUAUUUGAAAGCGCAUAGAAACGAUACAACAUGUUAGCUAGUUAUCAUAUUAAAAACAAACACAUGGUGCUUUAAAUUGGAGAAAGCAGACUGAAAAAAAAACAUUCUGUGUAUGGACUUUGAAUAUAAAGUAGUUAAAUACUUUUUAUUUACCUUUUUUUUCUUUUUUGGAUACUGUAUGUACAUACACUACAGUUGCUGUAGCAUUAUAUUGCAUUAUUAAUCUAUUUCAAUUUACUGUUAUUGCCUCACUAGCCAUCUGCUAUGGAGGUUUCACUUAUAAAUAAAGUUAUGCUUUUUUUAUUCAUAAUUAUGCUUUAUAGUGCUCUAGAAUAAACCAGGAAAAAUAAUUUCUAGGAGUGCCUCUUCAGAUGCUGAAUAGAAUUGAGUAUAACUUGCGUUUUGCAUAAAUAACUAAUUUGGGGAAGGGCCAUUCUAGAACAUUUAUAUGUAGAAGCUCCUUUCGUUCACAGCUAAAAGUUUAAGUGUACGUUAAUCUUACCUGUGCACUGUUUAAAGCUACCUGCAGAGGCAAAUCCAUAAACUAUUAUAUCAUGGUUUGGUACUUUAUAGUUCACGGAAGACCGAAGGGUGACCAAAGUUAUGUCACCUCUUAACUUGAGCUAUUUCCAAAAGAUUAAGCAAUGUUAAUAAUCCAAUAAAGGUAUAUCCAUUAAACAUUUAA